AAAAGGAAAGACGGAAAUAGGGCCGGUGACGAAUCUGCUGCUUCAGAUGUUAAGGUCCGGUCGGUCUAAGAAGAAGAAUCUUCCGUCGCGACGAGCUCGGCACAGGCCUCGGUGGGAAAGGAAGACCGAGCUUUGCUGAGAACAUGAAUGAUUGGAUGCCCAUUGCCAAGGAGUAUGACCCGCUCAAAGCUGGCAGCAUUGAUGGCACUGAUGAAGACCCGCACGAUCGCGCUGUCUGGAGGGCGAUGCUGGCACGAUACACCCCCAACAAAGGCGUCACAGGGGACCCCCUCCUCACCCUGUUUGUGGCGAGACUAAACCUGCAGACCAAAGAGGAGAAGUUAAAGGAAGUGUUUUCCCGCUACGGGGACAUCCGGCGGCUUCGGCUAGUGAGGGACUUGGUCACAGGCUUUUCGAAGGGCUACGCCUUCAUCGAAUACAAAGACGAGCGUUCUCUGCUCAAAGCUUACCGGGAUGCUGACGGCCUGGUCAUUGACCAGCACGAAAUAUUUGUGGACUAUGAGCUGGAGAGGACUCUCAAAGGGUGGAUUCCUCGGCGACUCGGAGGAGGUCUGGGUGGGAAGAAGGAAUCUGGGCAGCUGAGAUUUGGGGGGCGGGAUCGGCCUUUUCGCAAACCCAUUAACCUGCCAGUUGUGAAAAAUGACCAGUUCCGAGAGGGGAAGAGGGAGAGGAGGGAGCGGUCUCGGUCCCGAGAAAGACACUGGGACUCCAGGAUGAGGGACCACCAUGACAGGGGUCGGGAGAAAAGGUGGCAAGAGAGAGAACCAGCCAGGGCAUGGCCAGAAGGUGACUGGGAGAGAGAGAGGGACUUCAGAGAUGACAGGGUCAAGGGGAGAGAGAAGAGGGACAGAAGCAAGUAGACCAUCCCUCCCCCUCUUCCUCUCCAAACCCAAAGGAAAGUGCAGGACCAGUAAGAGUGCAGGGAUACCGCAUUGCUUGUGUACAGAGUCUAAGUCCAGUGGUUGAAUAAAACGUACUGAUGAAAACGAAAA